GUGUCAUCUGCGCUGAGCUUUGUGUCAUAUGCCGCAUCCAUGAUAACAAUAAAAAACAAUGAUCGACACUGGCGAAAAUAAGCUCUAUUGAAAGUUUGAUUGUCACUAAGCCACAAAGAAAAAAAAAUUUUUUUACUUUUUGCUAUGGCCAGAUUUUGCAGAAUUUUGCUGCGCACUGCGCAUAAUAAGUUUUAGGUACCUGCAUACCUAAAUAGAUUUUCUUGGUAUUGUGAUCUUUUCACGUACCAGUAUAAACAACAUGUCACUUCUUGCCAUCGUUCGUGGUCGUAAUGCAGUUGCCAAAUCAUUUUUACCCAAAAGAAACCAAGUUCGCUCAUUUUGGGAAUAUGUGAACAUGAUGUUUAAUAAACCUGACCCAAAGAGAAUAGAACUGGUUGGUCCAGAUAGAGCUUGUGCAGAGUGGGUUUUGCGAAAUGGUGGUAAAGUAGUAUGGGAAGGUGGGAGGAAGUUGGCAGAUUACAAUAGUUUACCAUCUGAGGAAGAAGGUGUACCACAGCUUGUAGAAAUUGAUGGUUCAGAUUCAUCAAUAUCUCAUUAUGGGUUUCCACAUUUAAGUGGAUGUACAAAAUUGAAGAAGAUCAUAUUACAUAACGAUAACUACAUUGAUGAUAGGGCAAUAAAAGGAUUGUCUUAUGGUAAAAGCACACUCACUCAUGUACAGGUAUCAAAGUGUGGAAGUGUUACUGACACUGGUGUGAGGGAAAUCAAAAUACUUGACAAACUCGAAACAUUAGUAUUAUUUGACUUGCAAGGUGUAACAAACCUUGAUGAAUGUAAACAGUUUCUCCAAUUGCAAUUACCAAAAUGUAAAAUACAAGAUGAUGCAGAAUACAUAAAGCAUUAAGAUAAGCCAACAGAUAAAGAUCUUUAUCUUUUUAUUUAUAAAGAUACUAAUGAAAAUUAUACCGUUAUCUUUUUAUUUAUUUUUAUGUUAUAUGAAAUGAAAAUAAUAAAUUCUUUGAGUUAA